AUGGUGACUGAGCAGAGAAAAGCAGAGGAGAUCCAGCACGAGUCCAAGUUCACGGCGUUGGAAACCACUGCCACAAUCAGCGGCUCCCUUGCCGGAGAUGCCGCCAAGACCCGCCGCCGCCGGAGGGUGGACGCUGUGCAACUGGUUCUGAGAGGGUUGUGCAUGGCUGCCUCUGUUGCUUCAAUCUCAUUCAUGGUCACCGCUAAGGAAUCUAGCUCUAUCGAAAUUUAUCUCAUCCAGUUUCCUCUUCAGUCCAAGUGGUCUUUCUCUGACUCAUUCGAAUAUCUAGUUGGGGUUGCAGCUGCUGUUGCAGCUCAUUCCUUGCUUCAACUACUCAUUGGCACAUCCAGAUUUCUUAAGAUGUCUUCUGUGAUUCCUUCCAGAAAUCAUGCAUGGCUUCUUUUUGCUGGGGAUCAGGUAUUUGCUUAUGCAUUGAUGAGUGCUGGAUCUGCUGCAUCUGGGGUGACCAAUCUGAAUCGCACAGGAGUUAGACAUACGCCUCUGCCAAAUUUUUGCAAGCUUGUGCCCAAGUUUUGUGACCAUGUUGCCAUCUCAAUAGUCUUCACUUUCACCAGCUGUUUAUUGAUGGCUGCAUCUGCAGUCCAAGAUGUAAUAUGGCUCUCCCAACACUGA